AUGUUUGCUUGCUAUAUUGUUCGAAUAUUCAUAUAUCUGAUCACAAGAAGUGAUUUACGUGGAGCAAUAAUAGCUGUAAAAUCAAAGGGAAAGCCUUUGCGUGACCGCAUCUCUCCCAACAGAGUUCGCCCUAGUAGAUAUGAAACUUUCUCUUUACUUCCCUCUCCGGUGGUCAUAGAGGAGUUGGUGGCAAGAUUUGGGUUUCUCGGCGUCGUGGCUAGGUCACCUUGUUGUGAGACUCAUGGAGAUUUGAUUCGAUCUACAGGCUUCUACGAUGGGCUUGUGUCCUAUCGUGAUUCUUUCGGCUUGCUUGCUCAAGCUCCUCUCUUCAUGUCUCUUCUCCCCUUAGGUAGAGUGAAGUGCCAAGCUCUCUUUCCUCUUUGCAAGUUUCUCUCUGGUUGGAGUCUGGUUGCUAGGAGUGGGUUCUCCGUGGUAGUGACCUUCGACGGUGGAUGUUUUGGUCUCCCGGUGCCGGGUUUGUCCCUCGUCUUGCUUUCUUCGAUGGUUCCUAUUGCUUUCCUCACCUGUUAUGGGUUUAUAUGGUGUGGUGAAGUGUAG